UCUAGGCAUUGGGACGUGUGGGGUCCAAGAUCUCAUGCAGGAUUUGUUUAGAUUUCUUCAGCCACGGUUAAAAAUGGGUGGAAUUCCAGCAGCUCUGCUCCUCAGCGUCUUUCUCAGCUCGGUUCUUCAGGGCAUGUAUGCAGAUGUAUUUAUUGACACCGAAAGAGCCUCUGAGGUUUUAAUCAGAGCGAGGCGAGCAAAUUCCUUUCUUGAGGAGGUGAAGCCUGGUGACCUGGAGCGUGAGUGUCUGGAAGAGAUAUGCGAUCAUGAGGAAGCCAGUGAAGUGUUUGAACAACAGCAGGCUCAGUUUUGGUGGAAAUACCAGGGCUGCAAUGGCCUGACAUUGCCCAGAGAUCCAAAUUCUACACAGACUCUCAGAAACUGCUUGGAUGCAUCCGGCGAGUGUUUUGUUGGGAAUGGAGAGACAUACAGCGAAGCAGUGGCCAUCACCUCCAGUGGAAAGACAUGUCAGUACUGGAGCAGCAACUAUCCACACAGAAUAACAGAAUUCAACACAGCCCUGGAUGAUUCUUUGAAAGAGAACUAUUGCCGAAAUCCAGAUCAAAGUCCUGAUGGACCUUGGUGCUUCACUCGUGAUCCCACAGUCAGAAGAGAGAGCUGUGCUAUUCCAAAAUGUGACGGACCAUUUGUUACUGCACCCCUCCCUACAAAUCUCCCUCCCUUCAAUGGGAUCAUUGAUUACAACAGUUCAACAAACUGUCUUCUUGACAAUGGCAAAGACUAUAACGGAACCUUGUCUGUCACCAUGAAGGGUUUCGCAUGUCUGCCCUGGGCUACCCCUAAAGCUAAAAAGAAGGCUGCAGGACUCGAGUUUCUCCCCAACGUUGUACUGGAGGCAAACUACUGCAGAAAUCCGGAUAAUGACACAGAAGGGCCAUGGUGCUUUGUAGAUCACCCCAAUGUCACCAUGGACUAUUGUGACCUGCAGUUGUGUGAUGAUCCACUAGAGAGUGAAGCAGAUGAUGUUAGGCAGGAAAGCCGAUGGGGACAAACUGGUCCUAGAAAAUCUUUCUUCAAUCCCCAGAGUUUUGGCAAUGGGGAGCAGGUGUGUGGAGAACGCCCAAUGUUUGAGAAAAUAGGAAAAGCUGAUUCAAGAGAACAAGAAUUAUUAGACGAAUCUCGUCAACCGAGAAUUUUGACAAGGGACAAUGCAGAAAUUGGAAGUGCCCCAUGGCAGGUGAUGCUGUACCAGCGUAGUCCCCAGGAGCUGCUGUGUGGGGCUAGUUUGAUCAGCGAUGAGUGGGUCCUCACUGCCGCCCACUGUAUCCUCUACCCUCCAUGGAACAAGAACUUGACCAGUGAAGACAUACUUGUUCGGCUUGGCAAAUACUCUCGCUCAAAGUUUGAGAGAGGGGUCGAGCAGAUCAAGGGCCUUGAUAAAAUUAUUGUCCAUCCUAAAUACAACUGGAAGGAGAACCUUAACAGUGACAUUGCUCUCCUGCAUAUGAAGAAGCCCAUAGAAUUUUCAGCUCAUAUCCAUCCAAUUUGCCUACCUACUAGGCAGGUGGCUAAAGAAUUGAUAAUGUCUGGAUUUGUGGGUCGUGUGACAGGUUGGGGGAACCUCUUUGAGAGAUGGUCGUCUUCUCCAAAAGCAAUCCCUUCAGUCCUUCGGCAGGUCCACCUGCCCAUUGUUGAUCAAGACACCUGUCAGUAUUCUACCUCAAUUCGUAUCACAGACAACAUGUUUUGUGCCGGAUUCAGACCAGAGCAAAGCAUCUAUGGCGAUGGUUGUGAAGGGGACAGUGGCGGCCCUUUUGUCAUGAAGGAUCGUACAGAUAAUCGCUGGUAUCAGAUUGGUCUUGUGACUUGGGGUGAAGGUUGUCACCAGGAUGGAAAAUAUGGAAUCUACACUCAUCUAUUCCGCAUGAGGAGGUGGAUGAAGAAGGCCAUUGAGGCUGCAUAUGACAAUGAUGAAUAAUAACAUUCUUUUUUUUAAUAUAUAUAUAUAUUUUUUUCAAUUAUGAGAUGUUUUCCCAUUUUAAUCCAGUUUGACUUAAGUAUGUCGAAUUGAGAACAAUGGUUGUUUUAUCAAUUCCCAUUUGCUUGCUACGUUGAGUAAAUAUACCAUCUAUGAAUCAUCUGCUAGCCCGUACUGGGAAUUUAAUACAUUGAAAGAAAUAACUCAAUUGGUUCAUACAGUGAUUCCCAGUCCUGCAUGUUGAAGGAUUUCCCAUCAUAAUAAUUACGGGUUGCCUCUAAAGUUGCCCUAUUUUCUCAUAAACAUAAUAUUUCUGAUAAAAAGUCACACCAUUUCUGCAUUAUAUCUGAUAAGCCUAAACAAAUGUUUUAUUCCAGACACUUUUUUGGAUGUAUCCUGAAUUACUUAUCCUGGGUUGACCUAGUCGCAUGUCCUAGCUUGGCACGUAAAGCAGUCCAAGCAUAGUACAUUCAUCUAUGUCCAGUGGCAAAAUCCAAGAUGGCUGACAAAAAAUACAGAUAACUCCAUAUCAGUUCAGUCAACCUUGACACCAUGGUCUCCGAUUUUUGCUCAUUAUUUGUCAAAACAGUUCCCCAAUGUUAUGACUAAAAUAUCAGCCUGAUAUUUUAUUUCGUUGCUCAUGAAUUACUUUUCAAUUAUGGAUAGACACCCUAGAAAAAUCACAGCAAUUGCUAGUAUUUUAUAUAAGAUAUGCAUCUUUUUGAUAGCCCUCUCCUGUCUAAAAAGGCAUGUGACAUCUCAAGCAUUUUCUAUGGUGUGAUGUUUAGCGAACCUUAUAGGUAUUGGGUUUAAAAUCCAGAUGAUGAGACCUACAUAGUUCUUUGCCAUAUUGCUGAAACCUAUUUUUGAAGACUACUUAAAAAAUAUCUAACUGGCAGGUUUCCCUUGCCCCAAUAUCCUUAUCCUAGUUUUUGACGAGCACUCGCAAACAGUCUGAGGAGGUAGUUCUCUGUGAACAUACAUCAUAAAUGUAUACUUUUCUGUUUGCUGUCUAUAGUAUAGUAUAUGCUGUUCCAGGACAGGAAGUUGUCAAAGGACUGAAUUGGAUGAGGGGAAGAUGAUAUCAGCUCAUUAUUAACUUCUUUUAUUAAAAGCAAUUAGUGUUAAUUUUAUUGUGCAAUAUAGCAUUUCAUUUCAUUCAAACGCAAUGUACAUUUAAUUUCAUACAAAUUAUAUUUACAUCAUCUUAACAAAUAUUAUUUUCAGCUUGAUAAUAAAUAUCAAUUCAAAUCAUGAUAAAGGAUGAUUAUUAUCAUCAUUAUAUUAUUAUUAUUAUUAUAAUAAUAAUAAUAAUAAUAAUAA